AUGUCGGUAGGGAAAAUCGGUGAAUUUGAUUUAAGAAAUGGAGCAUGGUCGUCGUAUGUGGAAAGACUGGAAAUGUAUUUCUUAGUAAAUCAAAUAAAAGCUGAAUUAAAAUUACCCACACUAAUCGCGGUAAUCGGCGAUGAAGCAUACGAAUUGUUGGCAAACCUAGCAAGUCCAAAGAAACCAUCCGAACUAUCGUACGGUGACGUAGUGGAACUCCUACGUCAGCAUUUACAACCGACACCAUCCGUGCACGCUGAGAGGUACCGAUUCAGACAACGCAGGCAGGCUAGCAAUGAAAAUAUAGCGAGCUACGUCGCGGACUUAAAGAAGCUGGCACGUCAUUGUAAGUUUAAGGAGGCUCUUAAUGAGAACUUACGAGAUCAAUUUGUUUGCGGGCUGCGAAGCGACGUCAUUAGGCAACGGUUGUUCGCGGAGGAUGAGUUGCUACCAUACACCAGCGUAGUCAAAAUUGCAACAUCUCUCGUAGCAGCGGAGCGGGACGCGGCGGCAGUGGAAGGUGCUACUACAACGGGGAAGGAUACCAGGAUUCAGGAAUUGACGACGGUGCAUGCGCUCACACGUGGCGGGGCGUGGCAACGCGGGGAGCGGAUGCGGCGCGGGGGCGGCGCGGGAGAGCGGAUCGUCGGAGCAGCGGCGAGAAGCGGCGCGGGCGUGGCGCGCGGGACGGUGCGCACGCGCAGUAACGCACGCACCAAUUUUGCCGGUGACCCUGGGGCUGGGGGUCAUCAGUUCAAUUGCGGAGGCUGCGGAGCGACGGAUCAUGAGUAUUCGAACUGUCGUUUCCGGGUCUAUAUAUGCAGCAUGUGCAGACGCCCGGGCCACCUGCGACGCGUGUACCCAGACGCGGCCGGUAAGACACGGAUAAAACAAACGGCGGCCCCAUUACACUAUGGCGGGGCAGACGGAGCAGUCGAAAACGAAGAAGUACCGGAGGCAGACUUCCACCAUCUAUGCCUAAACGACUACCAACCGGUGAGUUUACCCGUAAUAAUUAACAAUAAAACAAUUAAAAUGGAAGUGGACACGGGUGCGGCUGUGUCAUGUAUUAAUAGGCAAACCUAUGAAAAGUAUUUUAACCAUCAUCCAAUUAAAAAUAGUAAAAUAGUGUUAAACUGUUAUGAUGGCUCCAGAAUAAACCCUUUAGGUAUAAUUAAACCGGUCGUCCGCCUUGCGGGCCGAACCAAACGAUUAGAAUUAUUUGUUAUCGAAGGGGGCACUACAUCAUUACUCGGCAGACAAUAG